AUGCCUGCUUUUCCAGAAGAGCCACUUCUCGCCCCUAACCCAGACCGUUUCUGCAUGUUCCCAAUUCAGUACCCUAAAAUCUGGGAAAUGUACAAAAAAGCUGAAGCUUCUUUCUGGACCGCAGAAGAAGUCGAUCUCUCCCAAGAUAACCAGCACUGGAUCUCCCUCACCGACGGCGAACGCCACUUCGUUUCGCAUGUUCUUGCCUUUUUUGCCGCCUCCGAUGGUAUUGUCUUGGAGAAUCUUGCCGGAAGAUUCAUGAAAGAGGUUCAAAUCUCAGAGGCGCGUGCUUUCUACGGGUUCCAGAUUGCGAUUGAGAAUAUCCAUUCCGAGAUGUAUUCUCUCCUCCUCGAAGCGUAUAUCAAAGAUUCAGCUGAGAAGAAUCGUUUGUUUCACGCUAUCGAGACGAUUCCUUGUAUUGCGAAAAAAGCUGAAUGGGCGAUGAGAUGGAUCGAUUCGUCUGAUACUUUUGCUGAGAGAAUCGUUGCGUUUGCCUGUGUUGAAGGUAUAUUUUUCUCUGGUAGUUUCUGUGCGAUUUUCUGGCUUAAAAAACGCGGUUUAAUGCCUGGAUUAACUUUUUCAAACGAGCUUAUUUCUCGCGACGAAGGUCUUCAUUGUGAUUUUGCUUGUUUGCUUUACUCACUUUUAAAGAAGAAACUCAGUGAAGAGCGUGUGCAGACAAUUGUGCGUGACGCGGUUGAGAUCGAGAGGGAGUUUGUUUGCGAUGCGCUUCCUUGCGCGUUGGUUGGGAUGAACGGUGAUUUGAUGAGUACGUAUAUUGAGUAUGUUGCUGAUAGAUUGUUGGGGGAGCUUGGAUGUGGGAAGAUUUAUAAUGUGACCAAUCCUUUUGAUUGGAUGGAUCUGAUAUCGCUUCAGGGGAAAACAAACUUUUUUGAAAAGCGCGUUGGAGAGUAUCAGAAAGCUUCUGUUAUGAAUAGUUUGACUGCAAAUGGGGCCGAUCAUGUUUUCAAGCUUGAUGAGGAUUUUUAG